ACCAUACACUAAACUAAAGAUUGGCAAAGUCAGUUUUUAUUGCAAUUUUCUAAGUGCAAAACCUAAAACUUAAUUUGUCGACUUUUAACGAAGGUUUAAUUCUGAACCAUGACCGUUGUUGGAUUAUCAAGAAAAAUUAUCCUGACUCUUAUGAUUUUGGCUAUAAAACAUCUACCGGAUUUUGUACAAGGACUCUAUCCAAGGGAUUCUCCGACAAGAGAAGUUAAGUGUUUAGAUGGAAUCUGGCGCUUUAGAUUGUCUGAAAGUUAUGAUCCAGAACAGGGGAUAGAAGAAGAAUGGUUCAAUGAUGAUCUCAGCAAUAAAGGACCAACAAUUCAAAUGCCUGUGCCUUCUAGCUACAACGACAUUACAACUAACUCUUCCUUGAGAGACCAUGUUGGAGGUGUUUGGUAUGACAGAAAAUUCUAUGUCCCACUAUCAUGGGCUGACAAAUCUGUCUGGAUUCGCUUUUCUAGUGUUCACUACAGAGCUUUAGUGUGGAUUAAUGGAAACGAAGCUGUUCAACAUGAAAUAGGACAUUUACCUUUCGAAACUGAAAUCACGAAUUUUUGCAAUUUUGGCGAAGAAAAUCGAGUAACAGUUCUUGUUAACAACGUUUUAACACAAACGACAAUUCCUCAGGGAAGCCUUGUAUCUGUGACCACAGAUUCUGGUUCUAGAAUCGAUCAGAGAUACACCUUUGACUUUUUCAACUACGCCGGUAUUCAUAGAUCGGUUCACUUGUACUGCACACCAAGAACUCGUAUUGAGGAUGUUAUUUUAACAACAAACUUCAAUGGGAAUACCGGGAUUCUUCGUUAUGAAGUCACAACUAGUACUAACGAUAAUCCUGUAGUUCUGGUGCAAAUUUACAAUGCAGAUGACAAUAUUGUGGCUGUUAAUACUGCACCAGCAAACGAGCAAAGCACGCUCGAAGUCCCUGAUGUUCAACUUUGGUGGCCGUAUUUGAUGCACACCCAGCCAGGAUACCUCUACAAAAUGGAAGUAUUCUUAUCAACGGAAUCAACACGGAAUAUUGAUGUUUACCAUCUAAAAUUUGGAUUUAGAUCCCUUAGAUGGGAUGCCACAUCCUUCCUGAUCAAUGAGAAACCCAUCUACUUCCGCGGAUUCGGGCGGCAUGAAGAUUCUGAUAUGAGAGGUAAGGGCCUCGACCUAGCCCUUCUGACAAAAGACUACGAUCUUCUGCGCUGGAUAGGUGCCAAUUGUUAUAGGACAUCUCACUAUCCAUACUCGGAAGAAGCUAUGGACUUUGCUGAUGAAGCCGGAAUUAUGAUCAUUGAUGAAUGUUCCAGCGUUAACACAGAAAACUACAGUGAACACCUUUUGGAACAGCAUAAAAAUGCCAUUGAAGAACUUUUUGUUCGUGAUAGGAAUCAUCCAUGCGUUGUCAUGUGGUCAAUUGCCAAUGAAGCUCGAACAUCCGCUAAUGGAGCCAAUAGCUAUUUCCAACGUUUGGCUGACUUUACUCGAACCUUAGAUCCCACAAGACCUAUUACAAUGUCCAUAGCUGUCUCUCCAUCAAGGGAUCAAACGGGCCAGCAUUUGGAUAUAAUUUCAGUCAAUCGGUACCGCGGUUGGUACGAAAGUCCUGGGCAAUUGGACACAAUCACCAACCGUAUAGUAAAUGAAAUGAUAGAAUGGAAUAGCAAAUACGGGAAGCCUGUUAUUAUGAGUGAAUACGGAGCUGAUACUAUUGAGGGACUUCACAUCAUUCCAGAAUUUGUGUGGUCAGAGGAAUACCAAGUAGCUCUAUUUUCACGAUAUUUCGAAGCUUUCGACAUUCUUUAUUCUCAACAUGAUUUUUUCAUUGGAGAGUUUGUCUGGAACUUUGCUGACUUUAAAACAGAGCAAAUGGUUACGAGAGUUGGUGGAAAUAAAAAGGGAGUUUUUACCCGAAAUCGUCAACCAAAAGCCGCUGCUCAUCAUCUUAGAAGACGCUAUUUUGAACUGGGAAAGAAACUGGACAACGCAACUCUACCUGAUGAUCUUUAUCCUUAUAUUACUGACACUACAUUCUUCUGUCAAGCUUAAAACUUACCUUGUAAAGAAUGUUAUUAACAUUAUAUUUGAUAAAAAAUCAAAA